AUGAAAUUACUGCAUAUUUUCUUACUUUUCUCACACACGCAAGCAAAUGCAAAAAGAAAAGAGUCAAAACCAACGCCGAAAACCAAGGAGAAACAAAAUGAUGAAAUCAAAAAUAAGAACGCAGAGCAUUUCGAAGUAUUCCAAGCAGAAACCACUUCAGCAAAAGAAAAACGCGAAAAAUUACUGAAUAGCUUAGAUGAGUCAAUAAGUGCGCUAGAAAAAUUCAAAAAUACGAAGAUCGUGAAUCUCGAUUCUCGCGAAAAUGCAAUACGGGGAUAUUGCGACGGAUUCAACUUUGAAAAUGCGAUUGAAAUAUCUUCCAAACAUCAAGACAAAGAAUUGAAGAAGAAACUGAGUGAUACGCAAAAUCUAUGCAGACAUACUCUCGAUUUUAUAAAAACAGAGCAGAUGGGCCUCCGCCUUGUCCAAAUGAAAGACCAUGGCAAACUUUUACUCGAACUUAUAAAGGACAAAAAUGUUGUGGCACACUGUGAUCGAGCUACAGUUCUUGGCAAAUAUACGAAGAUAAUAAACGAUGUUGAUGAUUUAUUCGUCGAUAUUUCCGCGAAAGAGUACUGGAAGAAGAAAUUCAAAGCGGAUUUUAUCGAAAGCGAGCUAGCAAAAGCUGUGAAUGUUCUCAGCGAAGCUUCGAUGUUCUUCAUCACAAAAAAGUGCGAAAACGUCGACAGCAAUCUUCUAGCAGAAAACGUCCUGCAGUUGAAAAACAAGUACACGAGCAUCAAGAUAAUUGCAGACAUGGAAGAAUACGAAUAUUUUGAAAACAUCGCGGAUGAUUUCAAUCAAAAUACAUUCACCAUUGAGUUCGAUCAAAAAAGGCUCGUGUACGGCGGAAUCAUUCUAGGAGUGGUUCUUCUGUUCUUGUUUUUGGGAUGCAGAGGCAAGGAUGAAACGAUCAUCGUUGUCAAUCCAAGAGCUGGUCCGCAGAAGUCGUCUUUCUCGCGAUGGGUGAACGAGAAGUCCUGGGAAAUUCCGCUGCGGCUUCGGAUCGCUCACGAGAAGAUAGUCACUGGAAUCGGCAAUUUGUUCGCAAAGGAAGAAGACGUGACCGUGCCAAAAGUAUCAGCUCAGCCGUCUCGUGAAUCCUUCCUCGGCUCUGCUAGAAGCACACUGGCAAAGGCAUACGACAACAGUGUCUACUUUACCGAGGGUUUCAAAAAACUCUACCGAAAAAGAAUGAACAGCAAGUUCGAAAGCGAAUACGAACUAAUUAUUUCCGACAGCGAGGAAUCUAUUUACGGCCUCCGAAUUCCCACUUCAGGUGAUUCUUCCGAUUUUUCCGACGAAGAUGAAAUUUUCUCUCGGCCAGAGUCUCAAUCUCCUGAGCGGCGAUACAUGGAGAAAAUUCAAGCUCUUGAAGAUUCAGCCACCUCACUUUUGAGUGGAAUAAAGAUUCCCAAAUAUGAAGCGACAAACAGAGAAUGUCACUUUCCAGCAAAGAAGAAAUCAACUCCGUCGAGGAUCCCAGUUCGAACAAAGCGCACAACGCAGACUCUGGAUCUUCGUCCACUCGACUUGGGCGAGUUCAAAGGAAUCACGCAUUCUCGACUUCCUGAUCUAAAAUCAUUCAAUCCAAAACCAACUCCACAACGUGCCGCUCAAGCCCAACCUGAGCCCGUCUACAAGCCAGAACCUGUCUACCAGCCAGAGCCAAGAGUCUACCAACAGGAGCCAGUCUAUCAACAGGAGAUUUACGAAGAGCCAGAAUCUUUGAGCUCGACUGCAGCAGCUCCCGUCGUCGCUCCCAAAUCCGUGAAGCCUCCGUCGCCCGUGCAGAAGAGACCAGACGUCGCUUCUUUCCAAACCAGCACACCAUCCUUCACGCCGAAGCCAGUUUCAGCGCCGACAACAAAGCCCGUCUCGGUGAACGUCGCGACUUAUGAUCCAGCUGCUCCUCCAGCUCAAGUGAGCCGAGCUCCCGCUACAGCAAGCACUCGCAAGUCGCCACAGCCCCCGGCACAGCAGUACCACGAUUUGAAUAAUCCGCAGAAGGAAGGUGUUCUCCGCUUGCCAACCGUCAACUUUCCCAAGCCAAAACCAUUGGAUGCAAAAUCAUCGGCUCUUGGAAACAUUUCCUCCUUCAUGAACAAACAGACAAAGCCAGCAGGUGGGCCACCAUCAGCCCUUGGCCGACCAGAAUUCAUCGCACCCCUGGUUGACAAAGAAUUUCCCCUUGGCGAGCCGGCAGUACUCGAAGUACGCGUCACUGGUGCACAGCCACUUACUGUCCAGUGGUAUCACAACAAUCAGCCCGUUCGUGAGAGCAUCGAGCGAGACAUUCGACUCUUACAAAAAGGCAACGUUUACACAUUGGUUUAUGGCGAAUUCACAUCCCGCGAAUUGGGUCGAUACACCGUUCAUGUUUCCAACGCCCGUGGCACCAAUACUUGCUCCUGCACUUUGGUAGAAGGCGGCUACGACGACGACGAAGGCGUCUAUCCAACUGCUACUGUAAUUGGACAAAAUGGACCCCAAAACGGCUUGAAAUAUGUGCUCACUACUGGGCUCAAUGGAGGAGCACUCUACAAGCCAUUUUCGACGGAGCAGAUCGUGCUCAACAAGUCGCCCCGCGUCGCCGUGAAGCAGGUCGCACCGUCGAUGACGUCGAUAAUUGGCCAAAAGGGCUCGCCGCAGACGGCGAAGGCAGUAAUCGUGCCCAGCGGGCCCAACGGACUCGUCAACGGUGGCAACAUCGUCCUCAACAACAACCAGACGGUGAUACGAAAAGAGCCGAUUAUCCAGCAACAUCCGCGAGUGACCCAAGCAUCGGUGAUCCGCGCACCGUCAACGACGCAGAGCGGCGAAGUCUACGCGACGGCUACUCCCCGCUACGUCAUUCCGACGAGCCAACACGCCGGUGGGACCAAUGCACAGGUCUUCCAAAGGCAACAGAUUGUCUACUACAGUCCAUACGCGAGCUCGAUAUCACGAGAGUCGAACAACAAUACCCCACUUGCUCAACAGAAAAACGGAUACUACGUCAUGGCACCUUCGCUUCAAGCGGUGCCGACUUCAGCGGCGACGGCUGCUUCUACACCGCCAAGUGUGGACGGAGCCUCAACGCUGGACCUAAUCGGUACAAAGCGCCAAAAGCCCACAAUCAUCUCCACCCCACCAAACCGCCACAUUCAAGUCAACCCACGAUCGCUCAACUACAUCCAACCACCAACUAAAAUCCCCAAAAUAGAUAGCUCCGAAGUCAACAUCAAAGUAACCAGCACAGAAUCAAGCAAUCACGUCAUCACGUCCAGCAGCGCGAGUAACAACAAACCCUCACUGAAUUUCGCCCAGCAUGUUUCCGGAAGCAGUAAAACCGUCACUACUGCUGGUACGUUCAAGCUGGGCAGCAGCGAGCCAAGCAUAGCGAUCCAGACAACGCAGAAGCCCAUCACACCAGCACUUUUGCCAACAGCAAUUCGUCCAGCAGGAACGAGUUCUAUAUUUUCUUCUCCGAGAAUUUCGCUUCCAGAAAAAUGCACUAGUCUUUCUGUAAAUUCAAAUAAAGAACUCGCAACAGGUCUGACAACAGCAACGGUGGCAAUCCCAAAACAAGCGCUUGCGCCCGCGCAACCGAGGAAAAAAGGUCGAGAGCGGAAGCAGCUUCUCCCGCAACCGGCUCCACCAGCACGUGACGAUGUAAGCACGGACGAAGCCGAUGAGAAUCAGGACGAGCCGCAUCACCUGGAGAGCAGACACCCAGACGCUCGAAUCAAGCUCGAGCAGGAAGUCUACUCGGAGAGGCUGAAUCCAGAAGUCUCGUCCAGCGGGCGGUGGCGACGCCCUCGACUCACGUCAACCUCUCAAAACAAACAACCAAGUUACAGACACUUCCUUCGCCUAUCUACAUCUGAAGUCAACCCUUCCCACUCACGCUUCGCGAGCCCCUCGUCGACAGCACCUUCUACUCCAUCAGAAGUGAAGAACUUGGGAAGAUCAACGCUAAAACGAUUGCACCAAGUUGAAGCAUCAUUGGGAGACGCUGAAAAAGAAGAAGCUGAAGUGUCCAAGCGAUUCGAUUCGGUCAUUCAAAAGGAACGGGAUAUUCCUCCGCCAGGCAGAAACUUGUGA